UCACCAUGAGGUAUAUAAAAUCUCAGAAUUCAGCAACGAUGUUAAUGGGGAGACCAAAGAGACACAACCCAUUUUUUUAGGAGAUGAAAGCAUGGAAAUUAAAAAACAAAUUACAGGGAUGAGAAGAUUACUGAAUGACAGCACGGGGAGGAUAUACCAACGUGUUGGCAAAGAAGGAGAAAAACUGAAAGAAGAGCCCCAGGAUCUGGAUUUAGUCUGGCCUCAGCGUUUGAACUCCUCUGCCGAGGCUCCACGGGGCCUCCACCCUCCCUCACGUGGGGCAUGGAAUGAAUUACCAUCCCAAGGCGGGCAGUUCUCAGGGCAGUAUGGUACACGUUCUAGAACCUUCCAGAAUCAGCCCCACGCCUCUGCAAGUUCCAAUGGAGAACUCCCAGGGGUGAAUUCGUCGGUUGGAUCCAACUGCUGUACUUGUAACUGCCAGUCAACGUUGCAGGCCAUUCUCCAAGAACUCAAGACCAUGAGGAAAUUAAUGCAGUUUCAAGCAGUUGGAACUCAAAACAGACAACAACCCCCAAUUUCCCUUAUAUGCUCCCAGCGAACCGCUGUCUCACGCAAGAGAAAUAAAAAGAAAAAAGUGCUCCCGAAGACUGCGGAACCCGUGACUAUGAAACCAAAGCCCAGUCCAUUGGAAAUGGAGAAGCAGCCAGCAGCCGUGGCCACAAGGCCACCUGGUCUCCAAGCCGCAGAGCACACCUCCACUGAGGAGAGCCACGCCCUGGGAUUUGGCAUUGUUCUUGAAUCGCCUUCCUCAGAUCCAGAAGUGCAACUUGCUGAAGGCUUCGAUGUGUUCAUGCCAAAGUCUCAGCUGGACUCUAUAUUGUCAAACUACACUCGCUCAGGAAGCCUUCUGUUUAGAAAACUGGUGUGUGCAUUUUUUGAUGACAAGACUUUGGCUAACUCCUUGCCCAAUGGGAAGAGGAAAAGAGGACUCAAUGACAACCGGAAAGGACUAGACCAAAACAUUGUGGGUGCAAUAAAAGUCUUUACAGAAAAGUACUGUACUGCAAAUCACGUGGACAAACUUCCUGGCCCAAGAGACUGGGUACAGAUUCUACAAGAUCAAAUUAAACUGGCCAGAAGAAGGUUGAAAAGAGGCUCAGCAGAGGUAGCUGACGGUGAUGAAAGACUGGACGGCAUUUCGCUACCACCAACAGGUAAUAUAUUUGUCACCAAGAGAGAGACCCCGGAGGACCCAGAAGCAGGCUCCGUUGCCUAGACUUGCAUCCUAGAGUACUCUUCCAUUUCCUCAAAGGUCCACAUAGCGGCUGGGGUUCCUACAGUGUGGGUGUUCCGUGGUGGCUUGUCCUGUCCGAAUAAUCUCUUUGUAACGUGUGGUAUCACAACCCUAAUUUGGCAUAAUAUAUUUUUAAAAGAAAUGAAGCUUAGAGGUGUUGCCCUUUAAAACUCCAGCGUGUGUGGCCCGUCAGAGAGAAGCCACUCCCUCCCUGUUUUAUCCAUUCAUAGUCUCAAUGUGAAUACACAGUCUUUCUAAACAUAUUUAUUUUAUUGUAAAUUGCUUAGCUGCAUGCAGAGGAGAGCUUCUCUUCCAGGACUGGCUGACAGAGGUUACGAAGCAGCGCUAACUAGCCCCUCCUCAGCUGAGAGGAGGAAACGGUUCUGGGAGACAGGAGAUCUCUGACCUGGCCAGUGAAGUAGUAACCCAAAACAGAACCGAAGGAGUACAAACUAAGUACAGUUUCUUAGGAAAAAGAAAACUGCUUGGGAGCCACCAAGCCUUUAAAAGUGGUUUAACUGAGCAGUUUUUUCAAACCGUGGCUUUGACCCUGUGUUCAUGUUCAUUCUGUAGUUCAUUUGUUCCCUCAUGCACUUGCCUUCUACUUUAUGUCAAACUAAAUGUGAAAAAAAAUCAGGGUUUAUUUUAAAGAAAAUGUUCCUGGGUGGAUAUGUGCUUUACAGAAAUAUUUACCUCCACAUUUGUUUAGCUAAUGAAAUAGUGCAUCGAAAAUGCCACUUACUUAGGAAACCUUGCAUUUACCCCUUAUUCAUCAUGUAAAGGAAAUUGCCUUGAAUCUUAGGCACUCGACACAAAGGCCAAAAAUUGCCGUGAAAGAAAUGUAACUGUAGAUCGUAUUUGAUGCCUGACCAAACCCCAGGGAUGAAAACGGCCAUGACAAAGCUUAGCCUUUUCCUAGUGUGUGUUCCAGCCACAGGUUAAAACAAACCAACAGUCAGUGCUUCAAGAACUAAGUCCCUCGCUGUGCAGGACUCCCACCGCAGUUCUCAGCGGUGAGAGAACUGAAAAGUAGGUUGCCUAGGGCCAGGUGGCCAUAGAACCUGGCUGUCGCAUGACCCUGUCCAGUACUGCGUCAUAUCACACUGAACGCGUAACGCUGAAGACAGGAGGACCAGAGCAGUAUUCCACGGAGACCAGCUAGCCGAUGAGGAUGAUAUGUGAUAUCCCUGGAAUGUGACAAAUGUACUUUUGGGUGUUGCCUGUAGAGUCAGUCUAGCAACUAGCCAGCAACCUCUCAUACAUGUGAACCUUUUAGCUCUCUUCCUUUGGAAGCUACAAGGACAGCUUGGAAAGUACACCUUUCAGGUACUGGUUUGCGUUUCCAGCCGGUCCUCAUCCCUUUGUUUUACUGAGUGGCCUGAUGAGCUGCAGACAAACCGGGACUUUGGUUUAAUUCUGCAGCAGAUCCAGACAAAAACUGUCUUCUGCCUCCCAGAAUAGAAUACUCCCCAAGGAAAUGGAAAAGCUGCGUUAGUCUGCUUCACUCUGUUAAAUGGUGAUGAAUUUGGUUUUAGCGCAGGAAGAACGUAUACUUAAAACUAUAGGCCUGCUCAGUGUGCACUCUAAGCCUUCUAAAAAACACUUCCUUCCAAGCCGUAGUGACACCUUGGAGAUUUCAGUACUUGAGGAGGGUACAGAUCUUUCAACUCACAGAUAAGUGCAAUGGAUUCACGAAUUGGAAAGGCAGAUCAAACUGUAACAGUAAAAUCAUUUUGUAAGUUUACAUUGUAUUUGUGUUAACUUACUGUGACUACUGUUCAGCUUUGUUCAGAAACCCUUUUUUAUAAGCUUUCUUAGCAAAAAAAAAAGUCCAUAUCUAUGGAUGAUAUGUCUCAAUCUGUACAUAUGUUUUAUUAAUAUGUAAAUAUUCAGAUUUUUUAAAAUUACGUGUUCUUUUAAAAAGAAUUCAAUGCAAAGCUAGUUGUGAAAUGGUGUGUAACACUGUGUUGUGAUAUCAACUCCCAAGAUGCCCUUUAUGUCCACUCUGGAAAAAUACAAUAAAUUACUUUAAUUGAA